AUGGCAUACAAGGACCCCAAACAGCCCAUAAAUCAUCGUAUAAAGGACCUUAUGGGUCGAAUGAAGCUAGCUGAAAAGAUUGGUCAGAUGACGCAACUGCAUCGUGCCAAUGUCACAGCUGACAUCAUGAGGGACUUCUCAUUAGGCAGUAUACUGAGUGGUGGAGGGAGUGUGCCGCGGCUACAGGCCAGUCCACAGGACUGGAUCAAAAUGUUCAAUGAGUUUCAAAAUGGUUCACUUUCAAGCCGGCUUGGAAUCCCGAUGAUUUAUGGCAUUGAUGCGGUUCAUGGCCACAAUAAUGUUUAUAGGGCAACAAUUUUCCCACAUAAUGUCGGACUUGGAGCUACCAGGGAUCCGGAACUAGUGAAGAAUAUUGGUGCUGCAACUGCUCUUGAAGUUAGAGCUACUGGCAUCAAUUAUGUAUUUGCACCAUGCAUUGCGGUCUGCAGAGAUCCGAGAUGGGGUAGGUGUUAUGAGAGUUAUAGCGAGGAUCCUGCAAUAGUAGAACAAAUGACUGAUAUCAUACUCGGAUUGCAAGGUGAACCUCCAGCUGGUUUAAGAAGGGGCGUUCCUUAUGUUGGUGGAAAGGACAAGGUAGCCGCCUGUGCAAAGCACUUUGUUGGAGAUGGCGGAACGGUCAAGGGCAUCAAUGAGAACAACACAGUGAUUGAUAGGCAUGGAUUGCUGAGCAUUCAUAUGCCUGGUUACUACCAUUCUAUCAUCAAGGGUGUCUCAACAAUCAUGGUGUCCUACUCGAGUGUGAACGGGAAGAAGAUGCAUGCCAAUCACGAGCUUGUCACCAAAUUUCUUAAGGAUACCCUUAAGUUCAGGGGUUUUGUCAUCUCUGACUGGCAGGGUGUUGAUAAAAUUACCUAUCCGCCCCAUUCGGAUUAUCCAAACUCUGUUCUUGCUGGUAUUCAAGCUGGCAUUGACAUGGUCAUGGUUCCGUUCAAUCACACCGAGUUCAUUGAUAUUGUAACAACCCAUGUCAACAACAAAUUAAUCCCCAUGAGCCGUAUUGAUGAUGCCGUCAAGAGAAUUUUGAGAGUCAAGUUUGUGAUGGGUUUGUUUGAGAACCCGUUGGCUGAUCAGAGUUUUGUUGACAAGCUUGGAAGCCAGACUCAUAGAGAUCUGGCACGCGAAGCAGUCAGGAAGUCGCUUGUGCUGCUGAAGAAUGGGGAAAAUGCAGAUGCACCAGUUCUACCGCUCUCUAAGAAGGCGAAAAGGAUCCUAGUUGCUGGAACUCAUGCCAACAACUUGGGCUAUCAGUGUGGAGGUUGGAGUCUCACGUGGCAAGGACUUACCGGCAACAACAACACUGCUGGUUCGUAUGUACUUAUAAUUGUUUUUCUUUUUUUUUUUAUAUGAGCGAUAGUGAGGAAAGAGGAAUCAAAAAUAGGAUUUCGGGUGCAAGGACAAUGCUCUUAACCGCUUGGAUAUAAUUUCUACUCAUACGAGUAUACUUAAUUAAUUUAAACAUCGAUCAUAUUAUUGUAACUGAAAUAUUUUAUGUGCAUACAGGAACCACCAUCCUAAGCGCCAUCACAGCUGCAGUUGAUCCCAGCACAGAAAUUAUGUUCAGCGAAAACCCUGAUGCUGAUUUUGUCAAGUCUAAUAACU